AUGCCGAAGACUGAAUUUCGCAUCAACAUCUGCGCUCAGCGCUUAGCAGACGCUCUCCCUGUCGGCGUGGCAAUCGUCAAUCACUGCGACCAGAUUGUCUUCAAGAACCGGCAAUUUUAUGAAUUUACAGGGAGCCAUCAACCAGCAGGACUGGAUACCGUUUUGCAGUCGGUCCACGCCUGCGAUUAUGAGCAGAUAGCCGAGGCGUACCGGGUCGCGGUGCAUAUGACGGCAGGGAUUCGCAGGGAAUACCGGACAACAGGUGAUGCGAAGGAAUGGCGGGCGCUGUCGCUGACACCUUUGGACGAGGAUGAUCUGAAGCAGUUUGGGUUAAGCGGUACUGGCGGUAUGAUUUGCAUGAUCAGCGACAUUACGCCGGAGAAGGCCGCAGAGUUGUUGCAGAAAAAGAUUGCGGAUGAUGCGGAAGAGCGAAAGCAGCAACACGAGCGGUUUAUUGAUAUGAUUAGCCAUGAGGUGCGGAAUCCGCUAUCUGCGAUCUUGCAUUGUGCGGAGGAUAUCAUGGAUGUUUUGCAGGAUCAAGCGCCAGACGACGCGGAGGAGCAGAUGGCGAGGGUUGCGGAGGCCGCGGAGACGAUCAACCUCUGCGUUGCACACCAGAAGAAGAUCAUUGACGAUGUACUGAUAUACUCAAAGCUGGAUGCCGCGAUGCUGGCGCUGGCGCCGCAAGAAUUCCAGCCGAAGUCGCAUCUGGCAACUUUACUGACCAUGUUUCGACCCGAAUUGCGCAAGCAGGGGGUUGAAUUCCAAUACGUGCUUGACCAGUCAUACGCCGAUUGCAAUCUCAACUGGGUCGUCGCAGACCUCAAUAAGAUAGGCCAGGUAUUGGUCAACCUCGUCUCCAACGCCAUCAAGUUCACGGCCGAGUCACAAAACGAAAGGAAGAUCCGGGUCUCCAUGGGAGCCGCCACGUUGAGGCCAACAUCAUACCCACCUAACGUCGUAUUCUUCGAGCCGAGCGAAACAGCUCUGAAGCUUGACGCCACUGGAGACCCUGAAUGGGGUCAUGGUCAGGUUGCGUAUAUCAUGGUCGCCGUGAAAGACACCGGUAUUGGAAUCAGUGAUCAGCAUCAGAAGCUGCUUUUUGCGCGCUUCAAGCAAGCAACCCCUCGCACGGACAGGAUAUAUGGUGGCUACGGGCUGGGCCUCAAUAUCAGCCGGAGACUUUGCCACAUGCAUGGAGGGGAGAUCGGCGUGAGCUCCAGGGAUGGUGAGGGAAGCACAUUUGGCUUCUUCUUCGCCGUCCGACGAUGCCCCGACUCAGUUGACAACAGGGAAGCGGACAGAAAGUCUCCAGUUGACCAACUGUGCCGCCAGAUCCAAGAGCUCGAUAGUAAAACCUUUGAUGUUAAAAAGGAUGCCCUAAUGAUCGACCUUUCUCAGGAUCCACCAAUAAAGCACACCACUGAGGCCGCAGUUACAAUAGAGAGCGAUGAACGGAAAAAGCAUUCGUUAGAGCUAGCAGAAGCUGCUGCACGAGGCGAUCAUCCAAUAAUCGACCAGAGGCAGCGGUCCAAUGUUGAUGGGUUCUCUCCCAAGCAGGAGCCCAAGGCAGUAACGGUCAUGUCCAAGUUGAAGGAAGAACAACGCAUCCUAUUUGUCGAGGACAAUAUUAUCAAUCAGCGAGUUCUUUCGCGCAAGCUGAAGAUAGCAGGGUAUGAAGUUAUUACAGCCAAUAACGGGAGGGAGGCUCUCGACGCGUGGAAGCGCGAUUCAUUUGACUGUAUUCUUAUGGAUCAGGAAAUGCCCGUCAUGGACGGAAAUUCAGCGGCGCGAGAGAUCAGAGCAUUGGAACAGGACAAUGGAACGCAUACGCCCAUAUUGGGAGUUACUGCUAAUGUGCGACAAGAUCAACAAGCAGACAUGCUCAACGCGGGCAUGGACGCGAUUUUACAUAAGCCCUACAAGAUGCAGGAUCUGUGUGACAAGAUCCGGGAUUUGAUUGCUACAACUCUGAAAUAA